AAUUGGAAUGAACGAAUGCAGUGCUCUCACUUUCUCCACCAACUCCGGGCUUCCGCCAAAACCCAAAACCCAUUACAGGGGAAGAAGCUCCAUGCCCAAAUCCUCAAAACCGGCCUGGAACAAUGGGAACCAUUACCCAACAAUCUCAUCGAUAUGUAUGGCAAGUGUGCUCUCCUCGAAGCCGCACUUCGCCUGUUCGAUGAAUUGCCUCAACGAGACCCUGUUUCGUGGGCUUCCAUUCUUACAGCUCACAACCAAGCCAAUCUCCCCCACCUGACCCUGUCCAUCUUUCGCAACAUGUUCGCAUUCGAUCAAUUACAACCUGAUAAUUUCGUCUUUGCCACCAUUGUUAAAGCUUGUGGUAGCUUAGGUGCUGUCAAACAGGGCAAGCAAGUCCAUGCCCGCUUUGUCUUAUCUCCGUUCACCGAUGAUGAUGUUGUAAAGUCGUCACUUGUUGAUAUGUAUUCUAAGUGUGGACUAUUAAAAGAUGCUCGUUGGGUUUUUGAUUCGAUUUCUUGGAAAAAUUCUGUUUGUUGGACGGCUAUGAUUUCUGGGUAUGCUCGAUAUGGCUGGAGUUUGGAGGCUGUUAAGCUCUUACAGAGAAUGCCCAUGAAAGAUUUGUUUUCAUGGACAGCUUUGAUUUCUGGGAUUGUGCAGAGUGGAGAUGGCUUUGAUGCGAUAAAGCUUUUUGUAAGAAUGCGGAGAGAAGGAAUCCAAAUAAUUGAUCCUUUUGUUCUUUCUAGUGUUGUGGGUGCUUCUGCAAAUUUUGCUGCAUUGGAGUUAGGGAGACAGAUUCAUUGUCUAGUGGUAGUCUUUGGUUAUGAAUCAAGUGUGUUUGUCAGUAAUGCACUCGUUGAUAUGUAUGCCAAAUGCAGCGAUAUUUUGGCAGCAAAAGACGUCUUUGAUAAAAUUCACCAAAGAGACGUGGUUUCUUGGACUACAAUUAUAGUUGGUGCAGCUCAGCAUGGGAAAGCUGAGGAAGCAUUGACUCUUUUUGACGAGAUGAUCUUGGCAGGAAUAAAGCCAAAUGAGGUCACAUUUGUUGGACUAAUUUAUGCUUGCAGCCAUGUUGGUCUGGUUGACAAAGGUCGUCACUUGUUCAAUUCCAUGAUUAAGGAAUACAAAAUUAAUCCCUCUCUACAGCAUUAUACUUGCUUGUUGGAUCUUCUUAGUCGAUCAGGGCAUCUUGAUGAGGCUGACAAUCUCAUCAAAACCAUGCCAUUUGAUCCUGAUGAAGCUACAUGGGCUGCUUUACUAAGUGCUUGUAAGCGCUAUGGGAAUACCCAAUUAGGGAUUAGAGUUGCUAAUCAUCUACUAACCUUGAAUCCACAAGAGCCUUCAAGCUAUAUUUUACUGUCCAACACCUAUGCUAGUGUCGGUAUGUGGGAUUAUGUGGCCAAGGUGAGGAAGUUGAUGGCAGUUAUUGCAGUUAAAAAAGAGCCUGGAUAUAGUUGGGUUGACUUGGGUAAGGAGAGCCAGGUUUUCUAUGCUGGGGAAACAUCAUGUCAUGUCAAAGAAGAGAUUGUUGGGCUGCUAAAGGAUUUGGACAUGGAGAUGAAGAGGAGAGGUUAUGUUCCAGAUACGAGCUUUGUUCUGCAGAACUUGGAAGAGCAGGAGAAGGAACAACAGCUGUUUUGGCAUAGUGAGAGGUUGGCUGUGGCUUAUGGGUUGCUUAAGGCAGUUCCUGGCACGGUGAUACGAGUGGUUAAGAAUCUUCGUGUUUGUGGGGACUGCCAUACGGUUCUGAAAUUGAUUUGUCAAAUUGUGGGCAGAGAGAUUGUUGUUCGUGAUGCGAACCGAUUUCACCAUUUUAAAGAUGGGGAGUGCUCAUGUUGUGAUUUCUGGUGAUGGUGGUCAAAUUUCUUUCAAGCUAAUGUCAAAUUGGAUAAAUGUUAAAGUGU